AUGGACAAUGAAAAAUUAAUUAAGCCAAUAAGAAGUCAUACUGAAUUGUAUGACUUGAGUAAUUCUAAGUAUAGUGACAGUACUUGGAAAGAAAAAAUAUGGAAAGGAAUUGGAGAAAAAUUGAAUCAAACAGGUGCAAAGAAAAGACGUGAUUAUUAUAUUUUACAAAAAUAUGAUGUAUUAACUAUGGCUGAGAAGAAAUAUUUAAUUCAUAAAACAACUGAUGACAAAGAUGAUAUCAAAUAUGUAGUGUCAUACGAAGACUUGUUCAAAAGACUAAGUGAUUACCACAUACGUAUUGGACAUGGUGGUGUGGGAAAAAUGCAUGCGAUACUGUCCAAUAAAUAUUCGAUUUCAAGACCAGCUAUUGAAACUUUUCUAUCAAUAUGCACAAUUUGUAAUAGUAAGAAAGGGUCAAAUCGUAAAUUGGUUAUCAAACCAAUUGUAAGCAACAACUUCAACGAGAUAGGUCAAGUUGACUUGGUGAAUUUCUAG